GCACGGAAACACCAGCUAUGAGCUGUGCACAUUUUCUCUGGCAUCUGAAACAAUAUGUUGUGUAUUUUAACUUGACAAAUGCUUCAUACUUCAGGUUACCAAAUUACUUAAUACAUACUUUGUGUGAUUGCAUUAAUCAGUUUACAGAACUCUUAAAAUGUGAGAGUUUUUAAACUGCAGCUUUCCAAACUGCAAAGCCUGUGGAAAGUGUUUGUGUAAACGAUGUUGGAGGGAGUUUGGCUGAACUUAUUUUACUCAUUCAGUGGAGAUGAACAUUUCAAAUCUGUUUUUAAAACAAACAAUUUGAUCUGAACAUAUUGUCAUGAUCCCUGGGUUCUGCAGGUUCCCGUUUUGCAGGUGAGUGACCAGAUGCAUGCUAUCGUCUUUUCCUUCUUAUUUUUCGAUUUGAUUUAGUGACACUACAGGUAGUUUGGGGGCCAAUCUUAGGCUGGUAUCCAAUCGUGGAAAAAGUUCAUGUCGAAACACUAAGAAUUUCAGUCAAUUUCAGAGACAUCUUGUGUACAGCAGUGAAACCUUUGAAACAAACAUCUCUAUGCCUAGUUACGUAUCCACAGAUUCUGUGUUUUUCUCUGAGCUAAGGGGAGAAGAUGUAAUUUAUCAAUCAUUUUUAACAAGCUGAUUGAACUGUUUGAUGUCUGAGAACACAUGUGAAGGGUAUCCUUAACUCCAGACAGGGAAGCUAUAUAUACCUCUAUAUUGCAGCUUCCCCAUUUGAAAAGUCUAUUGUUUUACACCACAGAUUAGUAAACCAGUUAAAUUACAGUAUGCCUGAAAAAUCAAGUCCUUCAAUAGUAGUGCCCUCAUCUGGCCAGUCAGUGACUGUUCAGUGUUGGAACAAAUGCUCUACUUUUGUUAAGUACAAGUAGCUUCAGUUAGUGGGUUACUUCUAACCACGCUUUCUUGUUUAUUGAUUGAUCUAUAUGCUGAUAGCAAUUAGAUUAUGAUGAUCCUCUCAUCUCUUAUAACCCCGGUUUAAUGUAUUCUCUCUGUCAAAGUUAAAUUUUUCUGUAAGAGUUAAACCAGCUUUUCACCUGUAAAUCAUGAUAUGAUGUUCAGAUCUUUGUUAUGUUAUUUCUGUAUCUGACCCCCCCCCCAAUUCUGUUUCCUGUACAGAGUGAAGCUGAUGGCAGCUGGCUGCUCACGCCUGCUCUCUGUGUGUUAUCUAUUUUCUCUCCCAUGUUUCUGCAGCUGCUACCUGUCAAUCACUCAGUCUUGUUGGCAGAAGGUCGGUGGGUAAAAGGACGCCGGACUUCUCACCAGCAGUCAGCCAUGAAGCUUCAGCGUGCUGCCCUGGGCACCGUGUUCCUGCUCGCUCUGUUCUCAUCUGAGUGCUGGGGCAGGAACGAAGAGGAGCGUCUGAUGAACUACCUGUUAAAAGAACGAGGAUACAACAAAGAGUUGCGUCCAGUUGAGAGGCAGCAAGAUGCAGUCGAUGUUUACCUCGCACUCACGCUCUCCAACCUAAUCUCUCUGAAAGAGGCAGAUGAGACACUGCUGACUAAUGUAUGGAUAGAUCAUACGUGGACUGACUACCGUCUCUCGUGGAAUACAACAGAGUUUGAUGGCAUCGAGAUGCUUCGCCUGCCAUCCAGCAUGGUGUGGCUGCCAGAGAUUGUGCUGGAAAACAAUAAUGACGCCCAGUUCCAGGUGGCCUACUACAGUAACGUACUGGUGGAUUCUACUGGUCUCUGCUACUGGUUACCCCCUGCCAUCUUCCGCUCCUCCUGCUCCAUCAGUGUCCAAUACUUCCCCUUUGACUGGCAGAACUGCACGCUCAAAUUCACCUCUUUAACAUACAAUGCCAAAGAGAUCAGGAUGCUGUUGAAGGAAGAGGCAGAUGAAACGAGCAGCUGGACAGUGGAGUGGAUCAUCAUUGACCCUGCUAGCUUUACAGAGAACGGCGAGUGGGAAAUCAUCCACCGGCCGGCCAAGAGAAACACCUACAAGCACAUUCCCAUGGAGAGCAACAAGCACCAGGACAUCACCUUCUACCUCAUCAUCAAACGCAAACCUCUCUUCUACAUCGUCAACAUCAUCAUCCCUUGUGUCCUCAUCUCCUUCCUUGCCUCGCUUGUCUACUACCUGCCUGCUGACAGUGGUGAGAAGAUGACUUUGUCCAUCUCGGUGCUGCUGGCUCAGUCUGUGUUCCUGCUGCUGAUUUCUCAAAGGCUGCCGGAGACGUCCAUGUCGGUUCCACUUAUUGUCAAAUAUUUGAUGUUCAUCAUGGUGUUGGUGACGGUGGUGGUGUUGAACUGUGUGGUCGUCCUCAAUCUGCACUUCAGGACACCGAGCACACACGUUAUGUCUGAGUGGACCAAGAAGUUCUUCCUCGAGCGUUUGCCCCGCAUCCUGCGUAUGUCUCGCCCCACAGAGGCGGAGCCGUACUGGGAUGCAGCGUUGCCACGGCGAUCCAGCUCAGUGGGCUACAUUGCUUCGGCAGAGGAGUACUACAGUGUCAAGUCCCGCAGUGAGCUGAUGUUUGAGAAACAGUCAGAGAGACACGGACUGAUGACGCGAACCACACACGCAGCAACUGUGAAGCCACAGGAUGAUGGAGGUGUUACAGAUCAGCUGUAUGCAGAGAUCAAGCCGGCUGUGGACGGUGCAAACUACAUCAUCAAACACAUGCGCAACAAGAAUGACUACAAUGAGGAGAAAGAUAAUUGGAGCGGCAUUGCUCGUACGGUGGACCGACUCUGUCUUUUCCUGGUCACCCCGGUGAUGACCAUCGGCACCAUCAUCAUCUUCCUGAUGGGAAUCUGUAACCACCCUCCACAUCUGCCCUUCAAAGGAGACCCACAUGACUACAGAGAGGAAAACCCACGCCUGCUGUAACACACACUCACACACACGCACACACACACUGGACAAUGCACAGUCAUGUUACUCUGUACUGUUUCAGUCCAGAAGUUUUUUGCUUUUUCAUUAUUUUUGUUUGAAAACUUUUCCAGGUGCAUAGCUGUGUGUCUUCUUUCUUAAAUUUGAAGUGAAUAACUACAUCAACAUAUUAUUAUCUUAAUUUUAUUUGUGUGGUUUGAAUAAACAGUCACAUUCAGCAGACAUCUUUUUCUUUUGUUUCUCAUUGUUUCUGAUCAGAAUACAUCAUUCAGAUUGAGCUUUGGGUUAAAUAAUGCAGUCCUCCAUACAUGAUAAUAAGUUUUAAAUAUUAUUUCCAGAUUUUUCAAAACUCAGAAAUAGAAAUAGAUAGAGUUGAUGUCAUUGGACUUGGGAUAUAUAAAUUAAUGUAAUUGUUGACUCCACAGUCUAAUGGCCAAAGACAAAUGACACCACUAUUUUUCCACUAUGCUAUACUGUCUGCCACAGGGCAAGAAUUUUCCUGGAAAAAUUAAAGCUCAGUUUAGGGCAUAAAGAAAGCAUGUCUGCCAUUGCACAACUCAAACAGGACAGGAUUUGUCAUUGGUGGUUGAAUAUCUAUGGGAAUUCUACUAUGCAAAAGAGAAAGCAACUUGUUCAUGGAGGAGGCAAAGAAAGAAAACAGGGAAUGAUAUGAACCGAGGUGAAACAUGCCUGAACAGGUGGGCAUUUUCUCGAUGAGGUGAGUGACUUCUGGUGUUUUGUUGAAGUUUGGCACCCCAUUGAUGCUGCCAAUCAGUUUCUUGUUUCAGUAAUUUUUUCAAGCAAAAACAGUGAAAAAAUGAUUCAAAAAAAGUCUUUAGCUGAAGAGAGGAAACGUUCUCUGGACCUGGUGGAGAAUACACUGUCAAAUGAAAGUAAAAUCCUCUGUGCAGGCAUCUGGUUUCAAACCUGAGUUGUCUGACUGGUCUGAGCAGAUUGUUAUAUGCACUCAAUAAAUAGAGCAGGGAAUCAAAUAUCAGCAUUGUUUAAGUUUGACUUUUUAAAUGAGUUAAUGUUGUGUUUUACUUUAGUUUCUGCUACACUUCAGUCACACUUUGGAAACAGUAGGCAUUUUUGAACACAAACAUCUUGGCAUAUACAAUAUCUGUUUUUGACAUUUAAAAUAAUUUGAUAACAAUGUCUUUGUGUUUUAACAUCUUCAUAUUGUAGCAAACAUUUUGUCAAAAUCCUUACAAUUUAACAAUUAAGACUAAUUACAUCAAGUAUGAAGUAAAAGUAUAACAUUAUCUUACUGUUACUGCAAAGCACACAAAAUUUCCACCACAAAUUAAUAAACUUAUUUUUGAAAUGUUUACUGUUUUAUAUGCACCCAACAACUCCUGGUAGUAGGUGGCUGCGUUGAGUCCUUGUAUUAAAAAAUGACAGUAACUUAAAGUUAAAUAACAGAUAAUUGUGCUAAUAAAACAACGGCUAGAAAUAAGAAUACAUUACAUGAGGCUUCUUUUGCACACCUGCCAAAGUACAGAUACAUAUACGUUUUAUCCUAGAUAAAUUUGAUGAUUAUGUUCUGUCAGUCGAAAUGCAAUUUCCGACAUGUUACACGUUCCAAACUUCAUCACAAAGCCUAAAAUUUUAUUCUGAAUCAUAAAGAUGCAGAAACACACACACAUGACACAACAUAAAUACUGACAUUUAUGUCACAUUUAUCCAACUUACGUUUGUUCAUAGAAACCACAUAAAAAUGGAACAGGAGUAUUUAAAUGAUACAAAUUUCUACUUAUAAUUGAAAAAUAAGAUUUUUAACUCUUGGCACCAGAUACAUCAAAAAUGUAAAAGUCUAAAUUAUUGGGAUACAGCUUUAGAGCUUCUCUCCACAGGGGCCAGGUUAGAAACUACUGAAUGGGGAACAGACUGGGGCACAUUUGAAUUUUUUUUUAAAUGUGUUAAUUUCAUUUAAAGCUCAGGUUGUUGGCUACAAUAAACUAAAGAUAAUGUUCUUUAAUGAAGUUAAUAAAUUAAUGCCAAGGAGAGAAUGACCGAAAAUUACGCAAUCAUAUUUUGCUUCUUUCUCUUCGUUUUGCAUUUCUUUGUAGUAAUUUUGUGUUUUUUGGAUCAGUUUCUGGGCCAAAUCACAAAAGUGAGCCAUUUCCUUUUAUGUAUGAGUGUUGUAUUGUUAAACAUUUGAGUAUCAA